AUGACAUUUCCUGACCAAUUGUCACCUGUCACCUGCCAUGCCACUUGUUUUACUGCUACAUUCUACUGUAAUACGAUUAAUUUCUCUGAGGCGCUGAUCACGAAAGAUUUGUCCCCGUCUUCUAUCGCUGUCAGGGGUCUGUUUCUACCGUACGUUUGUGAAUCUACAAUGACAGUCGGGACAUCUCUUUUCUCUACUGGAUAUUGUGCAUGGUAACUAUUAUUUACCUUCGUUUAGCCUCGUUCUGAGAUGGGUUUGCCACGGCUAUCUGGGCUCUUUGCAAAUGUUGAUUCCGUGUUUUGAUGUCAUAAUAUUAUAUUGAUGAUGUUGAAUUUCGAUUUCUUCUUCUUCCGGGAUGUAUUCAAUGAUAACUUUGAUCAUGUUUUGUUGUGGAUGAAUCUCUUUUUUUGAAGACCUUCGACGUUUUAACGGCUUUGUUCCGAAUCCAAGGUGUGUUUUGGCUGUAAUUGUAUCAUAAUCCGUUGUUUUAGCCCCUCGACGUCCCUUGAAGUCGAUUUUGUUUUUUGAUGACCGUGAUAUCAUAAUUCGUGUUCAUUCUGACGAUGCAUAUCGGGAAAUGGGAUAG